AUGAUGAACCCAGCGCUCAAUCCCGAUACUCCUCCGCCUCCGCCUCCGAAACCCAGCAGUCACGAACCAAGUCGAGGAGGUACACCACAAACCCCGUCACAACAAUUCGCGGCACAGCCAUAUUACCAAGACAGCAAUAAGCGUGGACAAGAUGUGGUACCCCAGAGCAAACAUCAAUCACCUCUUCCCAAACCCCCGACAGUUGAAGAAGGCUGGUUGCCCGAUACCGUGAAGGAGAAGUCAACCGCAGACUUGCAAUCGAUCCUCAAAGAUCCAGCCCUCAUUUCCGCCCUCUCUAGCCAACAUCCCUCCUACAACGCCCAUCAACAGAACCUCCAGACCCUCCUCAAAUACAACCAGGAUCUAGCGGCGCAUGUCCUAGACCUCCAGUCUCAUUUGUCUGAAUUGCGAGGCUCGACCGAAACUCUCCUUUUGACUCACCAAUCGCUUGAGGUCUCCUGGCGGAAGAAGCAGUCGGAGAUGGACGCGGCACUGGCGCCAUGGUCACCCAAGGCGUUAUAUCAGCGAUUAGCGGCGGGUAUCUCGGAGCAAGAGGCUGUCUGUCAAGCAGUGGAAGAGAGCUUUCUCGAAGAGGGUCAUCAUGGGCGGGCUACGGAGAAGGAGGUCGCGGAUUGGGUGAGACGAGUCAGGGCCGAGUCUGCGAAACUGGCUGCUAGGAGAGAGGCCAAAGCUCGAUGGGAUGAGGGGAGAGUUGGUGGAUGGAGGUAA